AUGACCAUCGCAGACGAAUUCAGGUCGCGGAACUUCAGCAUUUACGGCCAAUGGACCGGAAUCCUCUGCGUACUCCUAUGCUUCGCUCUGGGAAUCGCCAACAUCUUCCACUUCAACAUUGUGAUCCUCUUCAGUGUCAUCUGCUUCAUCUCUGCCUUUGUGAUUAUCUUCAUUGAGAUACCCAUCCUCCUCCGAAUCUGCCCAACAUCGCMUGCAUUCGAUGGCUUCAUCCGACGAUUCGAGACCAACUACAUGCGCGCCGGUAUUUACUUCGCCAUGUCUGCGAUCCAGUGGAUAUCUAUUGCCGCGCAAACGACAUCGCUGAUUGCAGUGGCCGUGGUACUGCUCAUAGCUGCGUUCUUCUAUGCGCUGGCAGGUUUCAAGGGCCAGGAGUUCCAGAGCAGUAAGACACUGGGUGGGCAAGGUGUCGCUCAGAUGAUUGUUUGA